AUGGGUGGCUGGAGGUGGCAGAAUAGCAACAAUCGGCGGGCGGCGGUGGUGGGGCCUCUUGCUGCCGGACGAAGUCAAGGGAUGCGGAGGACUUCUCAAGGCGGCAUCACAGUAGUAAUGGAGGGUGUUGGCGAUGCAGUGGAAGAAGUCGGAGGCGGCUACAACCCAUCCUCUCCUCCUUCCCCUAUAUGUUGCAUCUCACCACCUUUAUGCUCCUCCGUUCUCCAAAAACCCUACACUCCACCGCCACCACCACUCAAUCCUUCCGUCAUCACUCAUUACACAUGUCGCAAAGCAACAUCAAUUGAAAGGAUUAACCUUUUGAAUCGGUCAAUACUGAACUGGAAUUCCUCUACUAGAGCCACCACUUCAUCACCUUCUUACCCCAACAACACCGUUGACAUGAUCAAAUCUGAUUUUGGAGUUGGAAUCUCAGGUUGA